UUCUCCUCCUUUUCUUAUUCCUCCUUCUCUUCUUAUUCUUCCUCCUCUUCUUCCUCCUCUUCUUUCUCCUCUUCUUUCUCCUCUUCUUUCUCCUCUUCUUUCUCCUCUUCUUUCUCCUCUUCUUUCUCCUCUUCUUUCUCCUCUUCUUUCUCCUCUUCUUCCUCCUCUUCCUCCUCUUCUUCCUCCUCUUCUUUCUCCUCUUCUUUCUCCUCUUCUUUCUCCUCUUCUUUCUCCUCUUCUUCCUCCUCUACCUCCUCUUCCUCCUCUUCUUCCUCCUCUUCCUCCUCUUCUUCCUCCUCUUCUUCCUCCUCUUCCUCCUCCUCCUCCUCUUCUUUCUCCUCUUCUUUCUCCUCUUCUUUCUCCUCUUCUUCCUCCUCUUCUUCCUCCUCUUCUUCCUCCUCUUCUUCCUCCUCCUCUUUUUCCUUCUCCUCCUCUUCUUCCUUCUCCUCCUCUUCUUCUUUCUCCUCCACCUCCGCUCCCUUCUCCUCAUCAUCGUCAUCGAAAUCGUCAUCGAAAUCUUCAUCGGCAUCUUCGUCAUCGUCAUCAUCAUCAUCAUCAUCAUCAUCAUCAUCAUCAUCAUCAUCAUCAUCUUCGUCGUCGUCGUCGUCGACAUCAACUUCCUCC